CGGAUCGGGCCGGUGAACUGAAAUGGAGGCAGAAGGCGUGAUGAGAAAGAGACUGCUUCCUCGGUCCAAGCAGGCGGGAGAAGACGCUUCUCCCGCCAGUCGAUCGCCGGUAACGAGAUCUCCUCAACCGGGUGUGUCCCUUCUCUCCCCCCACCAUCGCCUACCGGUCCCCUCCCCCUCCUCCUCCUCCUCCCCCGUCACCAUAUGGUUCCCCUACACCAGGGAGAGACCGUGGCUGACCUUCACCACAGAGGUCAACCUCCUGUGGUGGCUGGCUCUGGCCCUCUCCUUCCUCACCAGGUUCUGGAGAAUCGACUUCCCUCACUACGUCGUGUUUGAUGAGGUCCAUUUUGGGAAGUUUGCAAGCUACUACUUGACACGAACGUUUUUCUUCGACGUACAUCCUCCACUAGGGAAACUCAUCUUUGCAGCACUAGGUUAUAGCACAGGUUUCAAUGGAUCGUUUCUAUUCACUACAAUAGGAUUAGAGUACCCGCACGAAGUGCCGUUUGUCCUCAUGAGAAGUGCGUCAGGCCUGGCAGGAUCACUAUUAGUACCUUGCAUUUACCAGAUCAUGGUCGAGCUGGGGUUUUCACAUAGAGCAGCCUUUCUAGCCAGCCUCUUUACCAUCUUAGACAAUUCUCUCAUCAUUCAGAGCAGGGUGAUAAUGCUUGACUCCUUCGUCAUCUUUCUCUCCUAUCUCUCCGUUCUCUGCUACCUCAAGUUCUACCACCUCAGGCACAGGCCGUUCUCUGGGGAGUGGCACCGAGGGCUCAUUUACACCGGUCUUUCUCUGGGCACGCUACUAGGAGUGAAGUACACGGGACUACUGGGACUGGGGUGUGUCGGUCUCCUCACACUCUGCGAUCUCUGGCAACUCAUCGCUGACACAACCAUUGACCUGCUCGAUUUCCUCCUCCAUUUUCUCCUGAGGGGAGUGUACAUGUUGGGGAUACCCCUGGUGAUUAGCCUGAUACUAUUCUUCAUUCAUUUCACCGUCCUCACCAACUCGGGCCCUGGAAACGCCUUUGUCUCCAAACCAUUCAGGAACACCCUCAUAGGUACUGUUGAGACGACGUCCGAGCCAAUCCACCUCUCUCCUAAUACCACACUGCUCCGCUACGGGUCUCAUGUGUCUCUCAAGUCGACAGACGCCCUGUGCUGGCUCCACUCCCACCCACAUCUCUACCCUCUCAAAUACCCCGACGACAGGGGCUCCUCCUAUCAACAACAGGUCACGUGCUACGAGUUUGCCGACAUCAACAACCUGUGGGAGGUACGAAGACCGCUCGGUCCUGGGGGCGUGGCGGGUGCUGGGUCCGAUUCCCACGAUCCGGUACGGAACAAAGAUCUGGUGGAGUUGGUUCACAUCAACACCUCAAAAAUUCUGAACAGUCACGAUGUAGCCGCUCCACUGACACCCACACACCAGGAAGUGGCUGGCUACGUUAACUACUCCUCCCAGUUCGUCCCUCACCUUGAAUGGAGACUGGAAGUGACGGGCGUGCCAGAUGGGAGUCCCGUAUUCCACGAGAGGGGAAAACUGAAGCUGAAACUCAUCCACGAGCACUCAAAACAGACACUAGCAUGUACAGGUAAGAGGCUGCCAGAGUGGGCCUUCCAGCAGUACGAGGUCGUGACUGAAAGAGACGUGAGCUCCACCACAGCAGUCUGGUCACUGGAAGAUGUCGUCCUUCCGCCUCCCUCCAACGCCACUGCCUGGGCCGAAGAGGAGAGAUUAAUCCGUGAAAAGACUCAGAACCCAGGCACCGGGUCGGCCAAAUCUGAAGACGAAGAUGAUGACUCUCAAGAAACCCUCAACUUUUGGGAGAAAUACGUCGAGCUUCAAGUCCACAUGGCUACUGCCCACGGAAACCUCGGAGAACACCAGUUUGGAGCAACUCCUCAUAACUGGCCUCUGAUGGGGAAACUCCUGCCUUAUUGGCUUGACGAGAAAGGCAACGCUCAGGUGACCCUGAUAGGCAACCCAGUGAUGUGGUGGGUUGCGUCUGUCGGCAUUGUCGUCUUCCUGGCUGUGACCGCCGUCCACCUGCUGAGGAGGAGGAGAGAGAUCUUUGAUCUACCACACGCUGAGUUUCACCAGUGGUGGACGAGUGGCAGUGUUCUGCUGGUGGGCUGGCUGGCCCACUAUCUCCCUUACUUCCUCCUGUCUCGCGUGUUGUUCCUCCACCACUACCUCCCUGCCGUCCCGUUCAAACUGAUGCUCCUAGCUGCCGUCUGCGAACACUUCUACGCUUGGCUCAAGAGGUUUCCCCGGACCACUCUCUCUCCUAUCCACACUCUGGUAUCGCUCUCAUCCUCUCUUCGUCAUCUCCUUCCUCGUCUUCGCCCCGUUCCUCACUGGCUACCAGUCUUACUCGCGAGCCACUCGUAAGUGGAGAAACGCGGUAUCCUGUCCUGGAGACCUUCUCCACAGAUAAUAAAUCACGCACCGAAACCCAAACUAUUGUUCUCUUAAAUGCUGUCGGCUUUCUAAAAAAUCACUCUGGAGUUUCGACAACCAAAUUUGGAGUGUUUUGGCAUCCCCACCACUAUGAUCUGUGUAAAUUAUAGCUCAUAAAAAAAAAAAAUUGGCUGUGCAGAAUAUCCGUAAAAUCUCAAAUCCUGUCAGCCCACUAGAAAACUGGGCACGAUAUAAAAUCUGUUUGAAAAACGAGGCAAUUGUGGCCAGAAGCUAAAUAGUGAGUGUUGAUUCCAAAUGGC